CGUUAAGAAACCAAAACCAAAACUAUGUCCACUUUAAAUUUAGCAAAAUGCCAUAAAUACAGAAUCGAAGCCGCCUCACAAUCAAACCUCAAAUUCAGACAAAACAAAAACAAUUAAUUCAUCAGAAUUUUAUUUCCCUUAGUACUUACCAUCCAAAUUUCUGUAACCAAAAUGUCAUAUUAUUAAUAGCAACCCUCUACAUAAAGAACAAAGCAACAGCACAAUCCGAAUUAACCUCAACCUUAUACACACUUUAACAUGGAACGCUGGAGUUGUUCUUGGGUUCUCAAGCUUUUCUUCAUUCUAGCCAUUACGUUACCUUCUUCUUCUUCUUCUUCUUCAUUGCCUCCUUUGAUCCUGAAUUCCACGAUUCAGCACCGAAAUUACACGGGGAUAUCUAGCUUUCGAGUGCUAAAUAGAAGAGCUUUGACUCAAUGUUCUUUCUCUAAUCCUUAUCUUCAAAUCAAGAUUGUCACCUCAGGAAAUAAUAAUAAUAAUCAUAAUUACACCCUCUCCAACGAAGAAUUUGUGAGUGUAACAGUUAGUGGAGUUUUGCAUCCUUCAAAAGAUCAUUGGGUUGCCAUGAUAUCACCUUCUAAUUCUGACGUCUCGGAUUGUCCUCUCAACAAAAUCCAAUACAUACAGACUGGUGAUCUCGGCGAUCUUCCUCUACUCUGCCAUUAUCCUGUUAAGGCAGAAUAUGUGAGCAAUGAUCCGCACUAUCUAAGCUGCAAGAAACAAGAAUGCAAGAAAUACAAGAACAAGAAAUGUGUAGUGACCAGUUGCAGUGGUACAAUAAAGUUUCAUGUCAUCAAUAUCAGAACUGACAUUGAAUUUGUGCUCUUUGCUGGUGGAUUUGAGAGUCCUUGCAUUUUGGCUAGGUCUGCUCCUUUGAAAUUUACCAAUCCAAACUCCCCAUUGUAUGGACAUAUUUCUAGCAUAGAUUCAACUGCAACAUCUAUGAAAGUAACAUGGGUUAGUGGGAGUAAAGAACCCCAACAAGUAGAAUAUGGAGAUGGCAAGAAAGUGGCCUCACAAGUUACAACGUUCUCACAAAAGGAUAUGUGCAGUUCUGUUCUUCCAAGUCCAGCCAAGGAUUUCGGGUGGCAUGACCCUGGCUAUAUUCAUUCAGCAGUCAUGACUGGACUCAAGCCUUCAAGCAACUACACCUACAGAUAUGGAAGUGCUUUAGUUGGCUGGAGUAGUCAAACUCAGUUUCGGACUCCACCUGCUGGAGGAGCAAAUGAAGUAAGGUUUCUUGCAUUUGGUGAUAUGGGAAAGGCUCCUCGUGAUGCUUCUGCUGAACACUACAUUCAGCCAGGAUCUAUAUCAGUGGUUGAAGCUAUGGCUGAAGAAGUAAAAUCUGGCAGUGUAGACUCCAUCUUCCACAUUGGAGAUAUAAGCUAUGCAACAGGAUUUUUAGUCGAAUGGGAUUUUUUCCUUCAUCAAAUUACUCCGCUGGCGUCUCGAGUUUCUUACAUGACUGCAAUUGGAAACCAUGAAAGGGAUUACAUAGGAACAGGAGCCCUGUAUGGAACUCCUGACUCAGGUGGAGAAUGUGGAGUUGCUUACGAGACCUACUUUCCAAUGCCAACCUCAGCAAAAGAUAAGCCAUGGUAUUCCAUAGAGCAAGGAAGUGUUCACUUUGUAGUCAUGUCAACCGAGCAUGAUUGGUCACCCGGUUCUGAACAGUAUCAAUGGAUGAGAAAGGACAUGGCAUCAGUUGAUAGGUGGAGAACACCUUGGUUAGUCUUUACAGGGCACAGGCCUAUGUACUCAUCCGAUUUGCUAAGUGUAGACGGAAAGUUUGCUGGUUUCGUAGAGCCAUUGCUGCUGGAGUACAAGGUCGAUCUGGUGCUAUUUGGCCAUGUUCACAAUUACGAGAGAAGCUGUUCUGUGUAUAGAGCAAAAUGCUUGGCCAUGCCUACCAAAGAUGCAAAUGGGAUAGACACAUAUGAUCACAGUAACUACAAAGCACCUGUGCAGGCAGUUAUUGGCAUGGCUGGCUUUAGUUUAGACAACUUCCCGGCCUUUGUCCCCAAUUGGAGUUUGAAGAGGAUUUCAAAAUUUGGCUUUUCACGAGUGCAUGCGACAAAGGCAGAGCUUAAACUAGAGUUUGUGAAUUCACAUACAAGACAGGUUGAGGAUAGUUUUCGAAUCAUCAGGAAGCAAAAAUAGAUAGGCUGAUAGAUAGCAGCCAGUUGUAGUUACUUCUCUAGAUGGUAUCUCUGCACAAUUUACCUUCUCCAGAAUCAAACUGGUGUUUCUCUAUACAGAUUACAUGCACCAACAUGAUUAAGUAACAAGACAACAGUGUUUCACUAACAUUAAAAUCUUCACCGCCAAAGGCUAAUUUUACAAUAUUCAGCCCAUGCAUCCAAGGCACUUGUUGCAUCAA